AUGGCAUCCGACCCCACUUCCGCCCUCAACGAGGUCUUCAUCCUCAUGGGGAUUGGACUGCUGGUCAUUCUCCUGCGCUUGUACGCACGGUGGGAAGCCGUUGGUUUUAAUAGGUGGGAGGCCGACGACUACCUUAUGAUUCUAGCCAUGGGAGUGUACUCUGCAGAAUCGGCCCUUGCGUACAAGGUCGUGGCAAAGUACGGUGGCAUCGCCAACAAUGGCAUGACCGACGAGUACAGGGAAGCCUUGAGCGCGGAUAGCGACGAAUACAAGAACAGAGUCGGCGGCUCAAAAACCCAGAUUGAGGGUUGGGUAGUUUAUGUACUGCUCUUGUGGAUCAUAAAAGCCGCACUAUGUACAAUGUUUUUGCGCCUUACGGAACGCCUGGAAACGUAUCGGACACGAAUUCUUGUUGGUUUCGGUAUUAUAAUAGCCAGCUGGGUCAUUGUGACUAUCUCCAUUCUUGCCAGCUGCGCUCCCAUCAGCAAAAGCUGGCAAAUCUACCCUAACCCAGGUCUCACCUGCCAGCCAGCCAUAUCUCGAGUCAACGUAUUCGUCACCCUCGCCUUCAAUGUCGCGACCGAUCUCUACUUGCUUACGAUUCCUAUUCCGAUGUUGUGGAGCGCGCAAAUUCAACUAUGGAAGAAACUGGGAUUGAUUGUUCUAUUUUCCGGAGGCAUCUUUGUCAUGAUGGCUGGUAUCCUCCGUUGCGUGCUCAUCAUCUCCAACGACGUUACGGGCGCACAAGAUGCCGCGGCCUGGGCGAUACGGGAAACCUUUGUCGCCGUGGUCACCUCCAACGUGCCGCUCAUCUUCCCUCUCAUGCGCAAGUGGAUCGGCAACACGCUCGGCUCGUUUAGCAGCAGAAAGGACAGCCGUAGCCGGCAGACGGGCGCCUACCCCGGUAGUAUCCCUCUCCCUGAUCGGUCGUGGCAUAGUCGCAAGGACGACGGGGACCAGUUUCACCCUGGCGGCGACGCCUUUGCCUUUGCUGGAAGUCGAGACAGGAUCAAUGAUUCCAGUGUUGAUAAGGGUAUCAAGGUCGAGAUGAAUGUCCAGGUCAGCAGCAGUAAUAAGCGCCGAACCGACAGCGAAAGCAACGUCUCCUUUUGA